CUUGCCCAAGUUCUUCUAGCUUUUCUAACUUGGUUCAUCCGACCUAUCUCCAAGUCCAACGGCGGUAUUGUUCAAGUCGAGUCAACAACACAAGACACAUACAAGAACCCACAGCACUACACCUCGGGCCGCAGCAAAAAUGUCACCACCCACCCCAGCCCUAAACCAAGCCAUAGCCAUAGCGGCCCGAGCCGCCGCCGCCUCUUCCUCCUCCUCCUCCACCACCGCUUCCACACCAACCACCACCACAACAUGCAACCACGAAUCCAUGCCCGACCUCUCCCAAAUCCCAGGCCUCCCGCAAUCCCGCUCCGUCUGGGCUAUCCCCAACUGGCCCGAGUCGCUAGCCGGCAUGACGGCCUGCUGUAACCUUAAGCCCGACAACGAGGUGCAUAUAGCUGACCCGGGCGGAUGCGCCUUGUGGUGUUUCAUCCCCGAUGAGUUCCUCUUUGAAAGGAAUAAAGAUGGGACGAAUGGAAAAAGGAGGGAUGGCGCGGUGGCUGCGGAUGCGAUGGGGCAGUGUGUUAGGAAUAAGGGAAACGUGACGGGGGCGUAUAUUACGGUUUGGCAGGUUAAGGAGGGGGGUGCGGCCCCGGGAUUGGGGGGAAUGGGGAAGAUGUCGUUGAAGAGGGUGGUGGGGAUGGGGGUUUGGGGGGUGGUUGUUUGGGGGGUUUUGGGGUGAUUCCUGGUUUGGAUUGUUGGUCUUCUUUGAGGAUUGGAGAAUAUUUUGAUGCGAUUUCAAAUAUCGGUCGUGGGCUUGUCAUUUGGUAUUUUGGUGGCAAUACUUCCCUCCAUUUCCUUGGUGAUGCUGGCUUAGGUCGUAGAGGUAUCGACGUACCUCGCUAUUGUGGCGGCGUUCUUUAGUGGGUGCACUAACACUUAUAUAACACAUUAAGCUUUAAAGUCCCGGUGCCCCCACAGCGGGAAGGAAAGCCCCGCCAUCGGGAAGGGAAUUGCCCGAGGUACCCACCGUUCCUGAGCACAGCGGGUCCGGAGCGCGCCGGACUCGGACUGGACCCCACACCGGGUUUCUUCCC